GUCAAAGAAUUUUUAAUGUUCGGAUCGUCUGAAUGCUUUUUCACGUUUUUCUGAAUAUAUCUUUUAUGAUCUGAAUGUUUCUGAUAAUACACUAUGUCAACUGGCAAUUGUUGUACAAAGAAUGAGUCUGGAUUUAAAGGGAGAAGGGGGUCACUUAUUUGUGUAACAGGUAUCCGCAACCAUUUUGAAAUACUUUUUUUUUCUUUAUUCAUUUCAGCUCCUGCAACUUAAUCUCGCAAGUCAAAUACUAUACCAAUAUGUCAGACUCACUAUCUCAAUUGCUUAAAAAUCAUAACCAACAGCAAGCAGAGAUAAAAAAACAAAAUGAGCAAUUGAAAAAAAGUGCAGUGCAAUCAACCAACGAAUUAACAGACUCUUUGACUGAGUAUGUUAAUGAGGGGGUAACUGAAAUAUUUUCAAAGCAGAAGGAAUUGGAGCAACUGUCAAGAAAACUAGCCAAUCAAACAACCCGCUACGCUAAUCAAACACAGCAAUGGUUGACAUUGGUGGAUAGCUUCAAUAUGUCACUUAAAGAAUUAGGUGAUGUAAGAAACUGGGCUGAAAUUAUGGAACAUGACAUGAAGACUGUCAUGGCUACAUUAGAAUUUGUGCAUCAAGACAAAUAAAAUGUAAUUUCAGGCUAAUGCAAAAUCGAAACUUAUUGUUUCAACAAUUACCUAUAAUCAAUAAAAGAUGCUUAUUGGUCUCAAGAGAAUAAACGUAACACAUUGGAUGUAAUAUAUAUUUAGUAACCACGUCGUGAAGUUAGACGGACCAACAAAAUAUCACUUGCAUCAAGUGACAAGAGCAAGCUCAACCAAAAAAACAACCAAUAAAUUAUAAUUCCGGCUAAUAAUUAGAC